CUUUUUCACGCACACGACGCGCGUGUGUCGCUUCGCCGACGAAAACAUUCGACAUCGUUGAGUAAAACGCGCAAAAACGCAGGAUUUUCAUUGGAAAAUCUUCCCUAAAGUAUUAAAAAUCACAUUGUACGCUUAAAAAUUGCAUGGAUAAAAGCCAACGUUAAAAACUAACUAGGGCGUCGUCGUGCCGGCAAAAUAAACAUAGCAUAAUACAAACAAACUAAAUAAAUAUUAACUUAUAGAUAAAUACUGAUAAAUAUUAGUGAAUUAACAACAAUAAACGUAACAUUUAUAGUUUACAAAGGUUUUAUAAGUGUUUGAGACGUGAGGGAAGAGGAAAAUCUAAGGAAAAAUGAGUGUCAAGAUGACGAGAUAUAAACACGCGGAUUUCGCCGACGAUGAUUCCGUCGGAUCCGUCCAAUUAACAGAAGGAAUAAGUUCAAGUGCAACACAUAUAAGAUACCACACAGGUACCAGCAUGUGGAAACGUCGUUCCAUGCUUGAGAAAGCCCUUCUGUUACUGGUUGGCACGCUUCUAUUCGUCGUUAUGGUCCUGGCUUUCCUUCUAAGUUCAGCCGAUCGCCAUUUACGCGAUAUCCGCUUGAAUAACCUCAAAGAAAAGCAAAACAAACUCGACAACCAGUCGAAUCAAGUCCCAACAACACCAAACCGCGUUGAAUCCGAUUUGGGUCCGCCAUGUUUAAACGCCACCUGCAUCCACAUCUCCAGCGACAUUUUAGCAUCCAUGGACUCAUCAAUCAACCCAUGCGAUGAUUUCUAUGCGUAUGCCUGCAACGGCUGGUUGAAAGCCAAUCCAAUCCCGGAUGGCAAAACCACCUGGUCGACAUUCAUGAAGCUAGAACAACAGAAUCAAAUGGUCAUCAAGCGUGUCCUCGAGAAACCCAUCGAAACACUCAAAUCCAAAGCGGAACAAAAGGCAAAACUCUACUAUGAAUCCUGUCUGGAUGUUAAUGAGACUGUGGAGGCCUUAGGGUCACAACCAAUGCUUGAUCUUCUACUGGGACUUGGCGGAUGGAAUGUCACCACGAAGGAUUAUGAUAUCACCGAGUUUGACUUCCAAAUGACGCUGCAAGUGAUCCAGAACAGAUAUAAUAUCGACGGAUUGUUUUCUUAUGCUGUAGGAGAGGAUGACAGGAAUUCAUCCAGGCAUGUCCUGCAGGUUGAUCAGUCCGGGUUGACUCUGCCAACAAGAGAGCAUUAUUUGAAUGUGACAGAACACAAGAAGAUUCUGGAUGCGUAUUUGGAGUAUAUGACUAAAGUUGGGGUGUUGUUGGGCGGUGAGCAGGAGAGUACCAGGAGGCAGAUGAAGGCUGUGAUUGAAUUCGAGACGAAAAUGGCGAAUAUUACCAUUCCGAAUGAGUUGCGCAGGGAUGAGGAACAAAUGUAUAAUUUAUACACGAUUACUGAGCUGCAGGAAAAAGCUGGAUUUAUUAACUGGCGUGAUUUCUUUGAGAAUGCUCUGCACCAAGUGAAGAAAAAGGUCAACAAGAAGGAUAACGUUGUGGUUUAUGCACCUGAUUACCUGAAAAACCUCACAAUUUUAGUGAAAACUUAUCAACAGACUGUCGAAGGCAAUGUAACAUUGAACAAUUACCUAAUAUGGCAAAUAGUCAAGAAUUUCGUCGGUUGCUUGUCGAAACCCUUCCGAGAUGCAAACAAAGGCCUCCGGAAGGCGCUGGUGGGUGCAGAAGGUGGUGAAGAACCACAAUGGAGAUAUUGUGUGGCUGACACGAACAAUGUGCUGGGUUUUGCUGUGGGCGCCAUUUUCGUGCGUGAAGUCUUCCAGGGUGAUAGCAAGAUACAUGCAGAGGCUAUGAUCAACAAUGUGAGGAAUGCUUUCAAGAAGAACUUCAAGAAUUUGGAUUGGAUGGAUAAAGAGACUCGGGAAGCUGCUGAGGCUAAAGCUGAUGCCAUUAGUGAUAUGAUUGGAUAUCCUGACUUCAUACAGGAUCCCAAACAGCUGGAUGAGAGGUACAAGACGUUGGAGAUUCGUGGGAAUACGUUUUUCCAGAAUAAUAUCAAGUUGAUGCAGUAUACACUGUUGAAAAACUUGGAGAAAAUCAAUCAACCUGUCAACAAAACUUCAUGGGGUAUGUCACCGUCUACAGUCAACGCCUACUACACGCCAACCAAGAAUCAAAUGGUUUUCCCGGCAGGAAUCCUGCAGAAUCCUUUCUAUGACCCGAAAUAUCCGGCGUCGUUGAACUACGGCGGCAUGGGUGUUGUCAUGGGGCACGAAUUAACGCACGGAUUUGAUGACCAAGGGCGAGAGUUUGAUAAGGAGGGUAAUCUGCACCAGUGGUGGAAUAACAAGACCAUCGAGAGAUUUAAAACACGCACAAAGUGUGUCUCCAAUCAAUACAAGAAAUACCAACUAAACGAGAAAUACAUCAACGGCAACCAAACCCUCGGCGAGAACAUCGCCGACAAUGGCGGCCUGAAAGCCGCCUACCACGCAUACCUCGAGUACAUGAAAGACAAACCCACGCCACAACCACUCCCCGGCCUUCAACUAAGCGACCGGCAACUAUUCUUCGUCGCCUUCGCCCAGGUGUGGUGCUCGGCCAUCUCGAAGGAGUCAACCGCGCUGCAAAUCGAAAAGGAUUCACACUCACCUGCGCAGUAUCGCGUCAUCGGCUCGCUGAGCAAUCUGCGCGAGUUCUCCGAAGCAUUCCGUUGCGAGCCCGGCAGCCGCAUGAAUCCGAAGAACAAGUGCGAGCUGUGGUAGAAAGCGGCCGGGGGCAGGACGCAUCGCACUCAAGUGGUCGGCGGCGCUGAGAUCGUCCUCGACUGAAUGCGUAUGCUGGCAGGAUUGGGGAAUAAUAUCUACACACAACACACAAACACACGCUCAGAUCGUGUUAUCUUGUACUUAAGCUGAUUUUUGCGACGAAUUUACUGUGAUUACGUUCGCAUGCUGAUGAUGCUGUUUUCUUGCGCUCUGCCCCCAUUUACGAAUUGCUUACAAUUGAAUUAGCUGAACAAAUGUGUCAUAUCAAAACCAAAAAUUACUAAUGAAAGGCAACUAAGAUAAGAGCAACACUAUCGAGAUAAGUUUAGAGAAGUAAAUAGUUAUUUAUAAUGUUUAUAUGUUAUCAGUUGUCAGAGUACCAAAAAAAAACAACGUAAAUAAGUCGCCGCUUGAUUGAUACUUUAUAUUUUUUACUGUGAUAUAGACCAAAACUAGAGGUGAAGUAAUUGUGCUGUCUGAAAGUGGAAAUGUGGAUUUACCAGCUAAGAUAGAGUAGAAUGAAAUAUUUAUACGUAUGGAAUUGAUGGUGAUGCUGGCUGGCAUGGUGGUGUUAAAGUGUUAGAGAAAUUAAUGUUUUAUCUUUUUGUGUCUUUGGAUCAUGUUUCAUGUUUAUACACAGAUUGUUUUGCGCCAUAUUUGUAACAAACUAUUGUGAAACGAACAAAUGAACCAUUUGAACAACUGAGAAACCAAUAAAUAAACUACUAAGAGUAAGAA